CAGCGCAAACACCCGAAGGAGGACAGUCCCAGAGGAGAGUAAACUGUUGUGGUAUCCGUUUGCACUUUGUUUACAAUACUAAUAAUCUGAAUUAAUCUGAAUUAAUUGCCAUUAUCUACCACUGUCCGACUAUGGUGGCUAAUUAAGUAAAGGUUUUGAAUUGAGCACAGCCAAGUCGCUGGGAAACAAUGCCCGUGCUAAAAACUGGCGCUACAAAAACCAAACAGGGGUCCAAAGAGUCAAAGGCUGCCUCAAAAUCGAAAUCAGACAGAAAAUUCAGCAAGAAAAAGGAUGAGGAUGACCACGGGCCUGAUGUGGGGGAAGGGACUGACGAAUGGAGCCAGGGGAAAACUCUGGUGAAACCCCCAGAUCAGCUUGACUUGACAGAAGCUGAGCUGAAGGAGGAAUUCACACGGAUUCUGACGGCGAACAAUCCUCAUGCUCCGCAGAACAUUGUCCGCUACAGCUUCAAAGAGCGCUCUUAUAAGGCAAUCAGCAGUGUUGAUCAGUUGGCCGUCCACUUUGUCCUAGAGGGAAAUCUUCUGCACAAGGACUCUGAUGAGGCCCGCAGGCAGAGAGCCAAGCAAGGCAUUCCCGAAGAAAAGCCAGUGGACACUGCUGCGGUAGAGACCGAUGAGGAGAAGGCAGAGACUCCGGGAGGUGGAGGGGAGGGGGAGGGGGAGGAGGGAGGUGCGGAAGAGAGGCCUGACAGCCAGGAGGUGAAAGGCAGCAGCAAGGAGCGCAAGCUCACCAAUCAGUUCAACUUCAGUGAGCGUGCCUCCCAGACACUCAACAACCCACUCAGGGAAAGGGAAUGCCAGACUGACCCGCCUCCUCGUGCCAAUUUAUCAGCCACAGCAAAUCAAUGGGAAAUCUAUGAUGCUUAUGUGGAAGAGCUGCAGAAGCAGGAGAAGAACAAGGAGAAGAACAAAGCCCCGGCAAGUAAGAAAGAGGACGACAAGGGCAAGAAGAAGAUUAUGAUGGUGGAGAUGCAGAGUGAUGACAUCAGUAAAGUGUCCAAGGCAGCGAAAAUUGUGGAGCGAAUGGUCAACCAGAACACAUUUGACGACAUUGCACAGGACUUUAAAUACUUUGAGGAUGCCUCAGAUGAGUUCCGUGAACAAGAGGGCACCUUGCUGCCACUCUGGAAGUUUCAGUAUGACAAGGCCAAGAGACUGGCUGUCACCGCCCUCUGCUGGAAUGAGAACUACAGGGAUCUGUUUGCUGUGGGCCUUGGAUCAUAUGACUUCACCAAGCAGGGCAGAGGCAUGCUGCUCUACUACUCUCUGAAGAACCCCACUUACCCAGAAUGCACCUACCCCACCACGUCGGGCAUCAUGUGCCUGGACAUCCACCCGCAGCUGUCCUACCUGGUGGCCGUGGGCUUCUACGACGGCUGCGUGGGCGUCUACAGCAUGCAAGAGGAGGGCACCCAGCCCAUCUACAAGAGCACCGCCAAGUCGGGCAAACACACAGACCCCGUCUGGCAGGUCCGUUGGCAGAAUGACGACAUGGACCACAACCAUAAUUUCUUUUCUGUCUCAUCUGAUGGCAGAGUGGUGUCCUGGACUCUCGUCAAGAAUGAGCUAGUGUAUACAGACAUCAUUAAGCUGUCUUUGGAGGGCUCACCAUCAGAUGCGCCAGAAGGUCUACAGCUGCCUACCAUGGCAUGUGGCACAUCCUUUGACUUCCACAAGCAGAUUGACUACUUGUUCCUGGUGGGAACAGAGGAGGGGAAGAUACACAAGUGCUCCAAAGCAUACUCCAGCCAGUUCCUGCAGACGUAUGACGCCCACAACAUGGCGGUGGAUGCAGUCAAAUGGAACCACUUCCAUCCCAAAGUCUUCAUCUCCUGCAGCUCGGAUUGGACCGUGAAGAUCUGGGAUCACACCAUUGACACGCCUAUGUUCAUCUUUGACCUGAACUCUGCGGUGGGCGACGUGGCCUGGUCUCCGUACUCCUCUACAGUGUUCGCCGCUGUCACCACUGAUGGAAAGGUCCACGUGUUUGACUUGAGCAUCAACAAAUACGAGGCCAUAUGUCAGCAGCCCGUGGUGGCCAAGAAGAAAACCAAGCUGACGCACAUCCAGUUCAACCCGGAGCACCCCAUCAUCAUCGUCGGGGACGACCGUGGCUACGUCAACAGCCUGAAGCUCUCCCCCAAUCUCCGCAAGAAGCCUAAGGAGAAGAAGGGCCAGGAGCUGCCCAAAGGUCCAGAGGUGGAGAUCGCCAAGAUGGAGAAGCUCCUGAGUUUGCUCCGGGAGCCAGAGAGCAACAACAAUUAAGCCAAUCCAAUCCUGAGAAGACACUUUCACCUCCAUCCCACCACCAACCGCCUCUUUGUCUCUCACUUUAACCUCUUUUGCUUCCCUCUGGACUUGGGCCUCCACCAGACCUGACCUGACCUGAAGACACUUUAAACACCAUAUAUCAGAAAUAAAGAAUAAAAUGAAAUGUCAAAUCA